AUGUGUACCGGUACCGCUGCCGGUACGGAUUAUAACGCCGACCCGUAUACCGGCAUUAAAGUACGGAGAAGUACGAAGAAGUAUCAAGAAGUACGGAGAAGUACCAGAAGUACAGAAGUACGUGGUUAUGCAUCAAAUCAUAUUAUUAUGACAAUGGGAAGUGAUUUUCAAUUUGAAAAUGCAAACGAAUGGUUUAAAAAUUUAGAUAAAAUAAUACGUUAUGUGAAUGAGCAGCAAUCAAAUGGGAGUGAUGUUAAUGUGUUUUAUUCAACACCAUCAUGCUAUUUAUAUGCAUUAAAUAAAGCUCAGCUUACGUGGACAUCAAAAACGGAUGAUUUUUUUCCUAUUGCAUUUAAUCCACAUGCUUUUUGGACAGGAUUUUUUACAUCAAGACCAGCUCUAAAACGUUUUGAACGUUAUUCAAAUAAUGUACUUCAAGCAACAAGACAAUUAAAUGCCUAUGGAAAUGUCAAUGAUCGCCCAAAUCUAUUUGUAUUAAGUGAAGCUUUGGGUGUAGCUCAGCAUCAUGAUGCUGUGAGUGGAACGGAAAAGCAACAUGUAGCGGAUGAUUAUGCUAUGCGAUUAGCAGAUGGAAUUGACAAGUCUGUCUAUUUGAAUAUAAGUGAAUGUUUACCAAUUGAAAAUCAAGAACAAUUUACCUUGACACUAUAUAAUCCCACAAUUCAUCCUGUUGUGCACUAUGCGCGUAUUCCAGUUACGCGUGACUAUACAAUACGUGAUCCUGAUGGACAAAUUGUCAUGGCAGAUUUCAUACCUAUUUCAAAACCAACAUUAAAUAUUCCAGGCAGAACAAGUGUUGCUGAACUUCAACUUGUAUUUCGAACUAUUUUACCUGCUCUCGGAUUUAACACAUAUUAUUUUGAAGUGAAAAGUACAGCAACUAAACCAUCUGUUAAGAAAGUAUCACAAAAUGAAGCAUGUCGAGUUCGUGUGGAUUUUGACGAAGAAGGCAAUUUGAAUCAAAUAACGAAUCUAGAUAAAAACAUAACGUUUCCAAUGAAACAAGGUUUCUUUUAUUAUAAAGGUUUUCCUGGUAAUAAUUCACGAUCAGAUUUCCAAGCGUCGGGCGCCUAUAUGUUCCGUCCAAAUAGUUCCGAUACUUAUCCUGUUAGUAAUACACGUACAAUAAAUUGUACAAAAACUGACAUUGUACAAACGGCACAAAUAAUCUAUAAUGAGUGGGUUAGUCAAGAAAUAAGAGUUUACAAUGAUCAACUCUAUGUUGAAAGUGAAUGGACAAUUGGUCCAAUAUCGAUUAAUGAUGCAAUUGGAAAAGAAAUAAUUGUACGUUAUGAUACAGAUAUAAAAAGUGAUCAAAAAUAUUAUACAGAUGCAAACGGUCGGGAAAUAAUCGAACGUAUGCGUGAUUAUCGUCCAGGAUGGAAUUACACAGUUAAUGAAGCAGUUAGUGGUAACUAUUAUCCAGUUAAUAGCCGUAUAUAUAUCAAAGAGGAAGGUAGACAGUUAACUAUAUUAACAGAUCGUUCUGAAGGUGGUACAAGCAUGCAAGAUGGCACAGUUGAAAUUAUGAUUCAUCGUCGGUUAUUAUAUGAUGAUUCACAGGGUGUUGGUGAGCCAUUAAAUGAAACGGCCUACAAUACUGGUUUAGUUGUACGUGGCAAACAUUUUAUACUGGUUGAUGAUCCUGACAGUAGUGCAUUGCAACAUCGUCCUAACUCACAGGAAUUGUAUAUGUCGCCUAUAUCAACCUUUUCAUUAAUUAAAUCAACAUAUGAAAAUUAUACAAAGAACUAUCGUCAGUCAUGGUCAGCCGUCAAUCAAACAUUACCAUUAAAUGUGCAUUUAUUAACAUUUGAUUUAUUGGAAAUGAUAGCAGAAAAUGUGGGAAAAUAUUUGAUACGGUUAGAGCAUUAUUUUGAAUUAUAUGAAGAUUCAGUUUAUUCAAACCCAGUUACAUUUGAUUUACAAAGUUUAUUUUUACAAGGAAAAAUUGUUGAUCUAGUUGAAUUAACAUUAGGAGCCAAUUUACAAUUAAAAGAUUUAAAUCGUUUACAAUGGACAACAACAAAUGGAGAAUCAUCAUCACAUAAAAAUUAUCAUUCAUUGAAAGGUACAACAGCUGUUUUAAUUCCAAUGGAAAUUAAAACGUUCCAAGCCUCUGUGCAACAAUUGGACUGA